AUGUCCUUUACACACUUUGAAGAUUUAUCUAAUGAGAUUUUUUUCGAAAUUUUUGACUAUAUUGAGUAUAAUGAAUUAUGUAAUGCAUUUUUAAAUUUGAACAAUCGAUUUCAAAAUCUUCUCAAUCAUUCAUUUCUUCGAUUAAAACUUAAUGUUGGUCAUCAACCAGAAUCUGCAGUUCAACAAUACUACACACAAUUUAUUAUUCCAAAUAAACACCGAAUAGUUUCUCUUUAUUUACAUGAUCAUUUGGAUAUUAUUAAUCAUGUAUCAUCACAUAACAUCGAUUCAUCAUUUAGUCGUGUUCAAUCACUUAUUCUCGAUCAAGUUCAAUGUAGAGAAUUGAUUUCAAUUUUUCCUAUUUUGACAUCUCUACCUCGUCUUCUUUCAAUAACUAUUAAUCUUAUUGAUAAUACAAUAGAUCUUACUGAAAUAUAUCGUCUUACAUUUCUUCUACCAUUUUUGAAAAAAAUCGAACUUUCAUCAAAAAGAAAUUCAUUGCUCAUAUCAUUACCAAUUAAUACAUAUGAACAUUACAGUUACAUUAAACAUUUGAUCAUCAAACAUGUUUGUCAUCUCAAGGAACUCAUUGUUUUAGUUUCAUAUACACCUCUACUUACUCAUUUGACUUGUCUUGAAUUAUCCAACCGACAUCAAGAAAUUCAAAGUAUACAAUCAAUAAUGACACUGAAUUUAACUAGUAUGACAUUAAAUACGUGUUACUUACAAUUCAAUGAAUUUGAAAUUUUUAUUAAAAAAAUAUGUAAACAGCUUCGAAUUUUAUGUAUUAAUAAAACUCAAGAUGCUGAUUAUCUGAAUGCUACACGAUGGGAACAAUUAAUUUCGAAACAUAUGCCAUAUUUACGUAUAUUCAAAUUAGAAAAUUGCGAAUUUCAUUAUGAACCUAUUGAAUUAAUGUCAUAUCAUUGUCAACUUAAUCAAUUUAUUUCAUCAUUUUGGAUUAAUCGUGGAUGGUUCUUUCAAAUAACAGCUGAUAUAGAUUAUUGGCCACCCAUUAGAAUAAGCUAUUCCAUUUGUACAGAUAUGCGAAAAUACUAUUCCGUGUAUGAAAAAACUGUUCCUAUAGAAUUAAAACUUAUUCAUCUGUAUUUUGCUCCAUCUCGACAAGAUUUAAUUGAUACAACUUUAAAUCUUUUUAAAAAUAUUCAUAUUACUCGUCUGGAUGUUGAUUGUAAGAAAUUGUCUUAUACUAAAUUUAUUCAACUUUUAUACAUGUUACCGAAUCUUAAUUCAUUGGGAAUUUUAUCUGUGUCUUCUUUCGAAGUAAAUUUUUUAUCUCAACAACAAAUAGAAUCUAUUGUAUUAUGGUCAAAAACUAAUCAAAUUAAAAAAUUAAUAGUUGAAAGUUUUAUUGACGAAAAUGAUUUUAAAAAAAUUCAAUUUUUUAUUAAUCUUGCUCCUCAAAUCGAAUAUUUACAAGUGAAAUGUGAGAGUAAUUUCAAUAUUGAAUCAAUUGUACGAUAUAUCUUACUACAGACAAUAGAUGAAUUUCUUAAUUUCAAUUUAUUCUGUUUAUGUGUUAGGAUAGCAAAUGAUAUUAUGAUAAAACAAUUAGAAAAUAUGAUUAACCAAGAAAAACUUAUUCAUGAUUAUAAAAUUACACGUUCAACAGAUAGAAUAUAUCUACAAUGGGAAUUAAAAUAA